AAAAGAUGUUUACGCUAUAGUAAGGCGACAUUCAUUGAUCAUAAAUGUAAUGAAGAUAAAAUUUACCAAUAAGCAUAUAUUGUUAACAGUCAAAUGUGCAUUUGAUUUGAAUUAUUCUGUGUAGGUUUAUCUAUAAGACAUUGAUAAGUCGUGAUACUAGCGGGAUAACAGGUCCAUUUAAAAAAUGGUGGCAAGUUUUGGCGAUUUAGGAAAGUCGGCCCGUGAUAUUUUUGACAAGAACUUCAGCUUCGGGUAUCUUAACUUUGAGUUCAAAACCAAAACUGAGAAUGAUAUCUCCGUGACAUGUGGUGGCAAACACGACACAAAUGCUGGAAGAGUUUCUGGUUUCUUAGAGUCGAAGUUAAAAGCUGCCCCAGGAGUUCAUUUAAAGACAAGAGUCGAUUCUAAAUGGCUAAUGACAAGUGAGUUAGAAGUCGACAAGAAAUUCCAUGAGGACUUAUCUCAUAAUGUGAUAACUACAAUGGAGCCUGAUUCAGGAGCUAAGUCAUUGUUGCUAAAAAAUAAGUUCAAGAAUGAAUAUUUCAAUGCUAAUCUGGAUAUGAAUUUCAAAUCAAAAUAUCCUCUGAUCACCGGAUCACUCGUAUUGCCCAUCCCCCAUUAUCCUGCAUUUCGCAUUGGCGCACAAGCCGUGGUUGACAGUGAGAAGUCAGAAAUUAGCAAAAAUGUUUAUGCAAUCAACUUUAAGCAGUCUGAUGUGCAAGUGCAUGCUACACUCACCGGGCAUUCGGAUGUUGACUUGAGCGUCUUUCAAAAAUUCAAAGACAUGAAACUAGGUUUCCGUGUUGGUUGGCGACCAGACACUCGUGAGACGUCAUUUGGUGCAGCUCUUCGUUAUAAAACCUCUCCUACUGGGAAAGUAAAAGUCAAAAUAGACCAACAUUGCGUAGUUGGACUGGCUUACAAGCUUAAAUUAAACUCAGAUGCGUGUUUGGCAUUGUGCACUCAAUUUGAUGGGAAAAAUUUGGAGAAUGGAGGUCAAAAAUACGGCAUCAUGUUCAAGUUUGGAUCGUAACAUAAACAUGGUUGUCUAUCUCUAGGUUUAAUUAUGCUUAGACCGGUGCUUGCACCCCUGUUAGAUUUUAACACUGGUUUAAUUACACUUGUAAAGUGAUCGACUUGUCUCUGUUCCGAAGUAUAUGACUGAAUUCAUUCUGUUCUACCAAACGAAACAAAAUGUAGCGACCUUCGUGUUUUGUGUUAUCCGAACCCUCUGUUGCGCUACGCCGUCUUCCUCAUCUAACUUAAUACGUCAAUUGCUAACGUCCUUAGAUGUAUGCUUUCCCUAAAAUCUCACGAGUUUUCCUUCGUGUUAAGCUGCACAUCGUUUGAAGUAAAUUAAAAUGUAUUGUGUCCUGGUAGUAUCUCCGGAUUUCAGCUUCCUCGAUGUAGAAAAUCUUUAUCCAAAGAUUACCAAAUAUUUGUGUUACCUUAUUACAUGCAGUUAACUCAUUUAAGAUGCAUAAGCGUAGAGGGCGAUGACGUCAGCUUUUGUCAAGUUUUAUCUAGAUUAAAGUAAUUUGAGACUAAAUGCAAUAAUAUGCCCUUAUAAAACUUGAAGACAUGGCUAGGCUCCUGUAGGAAUGUAAUAUUUCACUUCUUAAUGACCAGUGUUAUGUUCAUUGUUUAACCUUGAUCCAACAUGCAAGAAUACAUUGAGUGAUACAAUAUCCCAGUACUUGUAAAUUUGAAUGGGCAUAAGUCGGAUUUUAAGAAGCAUAACUAGUGCUUUGAAAAGACGUCUAGAGCUAAGAUGCAUCUUACAGCUAUCCUUAAGUAUGUUAAUCACAUCUAAACCCAUAAUGUACAUGAAUGAGUGGAAAAGGAUGGGAGAUUAGGUAGUCUAAAGGGUGGAAUAACCGUAACAAUAGUAGUGGUCUAUCUAGCUUUGGUUAAUAUUUCUCCAGUGUCUGAUAUCAUUACAAAAGAUCAUCUAGCAUUCACAAGUAACGAAGCAGUGGCUGCUCACAUUUAUAAUAUCUCGUGUUUACUUUCGUCACACUGUUGAGCCAACUAGUUCCAAAACACUAUCCAAGUCUUUUUAAUGACAAUCUAAAGGACGGUUCUCUUCGAGAAAUCCAAGUAGUUCUGUCAAAGUGAUUUCGGUUUCUGGUGAAGUCACUAGUGCCAAACUCUCCGAAGUCCCAUAGUCUUACGGAACAGCUGUCCACCACCAGACUUUCAUUGGUCAUCUAACAAAUUAGUCUGUGAUGUAAAACUACAAAAAAGCUAAUGAGAAACAAUUUUUUAUAUGGCAGAUAAUCUAGUCAGAUAUACUUCCGGGAACUUUUUGUCGAUAAUGUGUUUGGAUUACAGGAAACUUUGAAACCUUAGAACAUUAUAUAACCAUCUUCGGAUUUGAAAAUAGGACGUGCACAGCCCCACAAAGAAGUCGAAUCUUUUAUUUCUUGCAGUUCACUUUGCAUCACCAAAUAGCAAAACAGUGGUCCAUAUUUUCGUGGGAGUUGGUUAAAUCUAAAUUUUUCCAAAACUCUGGCUUUCACUGUUCCUCCUAUAGAUGUCAAUCCAUAAUAAAAACUGUAUGCAUACUAUAAUUAAGUCAUUCUGGUUUCUUGACAAGUGUUGGAGUUUCAUAUGUAUUGUGGAAGCUAUCUUAUGAUUAAUCUUCAUAAUUUCAUACGUUUUCAGAAUUGCACAAAGCAUGCCAUCACCUUUCUAGCAUUGCACUCCUCUGAAAUAAUUCAAAUAAUAUGAACAGACGAAAUGGAGUGGAAUUAGCUGCAAUCUAGCAGUUAGUAAUUAAUGAGUAGAGAACGUCGAAAUCAAUUCACCUACUUCAGCUGUCAUGGUAAUCAGCAAUGACUUGUUUAAUUAUUUGAUUUGCUUGUGUGUAUUCUCUACUACUUGGAUACAUAUACUAAUAUGUAUAUUGAUACCAACUUAUUUUCCAGUUAAUACAGUCUAAAAACCCUAUUACAUAUAAAGUGAUAUUUAGUCCAUGUUAGCUAAUAUGACCUGAAGCCUCAUAUAACUCCUGGUGUAUGAUAAGACUAAUCGAUACCCAUAAAUACGGCAUCGCUAGUUAUAGUCAUAGCUCACCACAGUAUGUAACUAAAACCUCUGAAAGAGUAUAUAUAAAUGGAAACAUACGGAGAAACUUCAACAAAUAGUUCCCCAAAAUCCAUUUCUAAGAGUAUGAAGCUAUAUAUAAAUUCAAUUCCUAAGGUGCAUUGUAAUACACAAACUGUGAUAGGAAAUAAAAGAUACUGCCACUUCAUGUCCAUGAAUAACUUUCAAAUAAGUUCUAUAAAAUCUGACCAGCUAAAACUUGGGUUAUUUCGUGUCCGAGAGCAAUUUACUGAAAAUUGAUGCAAGUACGCACAAGUGUUAGGAACCAUUAACUUCCUUAUAGUAAAUUCUAUUGCACUAAAACUCGAACCCGGUUGCUACAUGAUACAGAUGUAGUUCGAAAGUUUGACUAAUGAAACGGGCUGAACAUAAGAGGCUUUAUAUGUGUUGAGUAGAACUGCACGAAAAUAAACCUUGGGCACUGAUGAAGAUUAAUCGAACUAAAGUUCUCCUUAUGAAUCUUUUGAUAUGUGAAUAGCUUACAGGGCGAUAAGAAGUGAACACUUCUUAUCGCUCAUUGAUAAGCAUCAACCAAUUUUGAUUUGUACGAUGCCAGACGGGAUAAUUUCAUACUGUCAUUUUUAUUUGGUACUAAACAAUCCGUGGUAGUCGACGUAAGGUCAAUUCCUAACGCCCUUUAAUUGUUAGUCGUUAUCAAUGAAGCAUGAUAGCACCUUCGAUAAGACGUAGGUUCUUAAUAAAUCAAAAACUCCAUUCCUCAAUAUCAGAGCUUUUAAGACCGUCUUGAAAUCCCGUUUUAACUACGAACUAAGUCUAUGUAGCAGCAUAAUCGGGAUCUCAACCAUGUUCCGAUUAAAAUAAAAAAAGCAUGGUUCGUCACUUCAAGUUACUUUUAUCAACCACACAAAUGCAAUCAAAGUCCGUUAUGAUGUCCAGUCAAGUAAUUUAGUAGAUAUAUUGAAAAGUCGCUAGAUGAAAUUUAGAAUUAAGCAUACUGAAGUCAGCUGUCAUUAAGUAAUAUAAUGUAGUUUUAUUGUUACUACAGCAAUAAAUUCCAUGUAAUAACUAAAUUACGAUCCGUAAAAAAAACAGUUGAGUAGCCAAUCGACGCAUAUAAUGGGGUUUUCUAAGCCAUCAUUUUAGUCUAUUUUUCUAGGUCAAAUAGUAACAAACGGUGGCCAUAUAAUCUAAUUUUUAUAUAGCACUGAUACUGUCUACAUUUUAUUGAUUUACUUGACCUUUUUGUGUCCUUUCAUUUCGUUUUCUGUUGUAAACAAAAUUUUGUUAACAUUUGACAAUUUUAUAGACCAAACAAAAUGAUCAAUAAUAAUUUAAGUAGAAUACUCUACUUUAAACAAACCCUAUAGAAGAAAAUGCCAGAUAUGAAGUAUAGUUUCAUGUGAACUAACUUUUUCUUCAUAAAACAAUUCUACUUAAGUAUACAUUGAUUUGACAGACAGUGGAAUUCGUUAGGUAUUUGAUUUUCUUAUACUUAACAAAAUUAUUUAAAUGAACUAGUUAAUUUGGAGGAUUAUGGAAUUCGGAGAAAUCUGUUGUUGACACAUUUCUAUAGCUCCUGUACUGUGAAUAUAUAAUGUUAAUGAAAGCGAAUGACUUUCCUGUUAAUCUUGUGCGUAUAAGAUAUACAGUUAGUUGAUAACUGGUCACAGAUAUUGAAGUCAAAAUGUCGCUUAAAUUGGUGAAUAUUUAUGACAAAGAAAGAUGAGCGAAGAUCUGAGUUUAUUAACAUCAAAGCUCUUAAUGUCUAUGUGGUGGUUACAUUUUGUGAUCUUAGGCUGAUAGUCUGAAAUGCGUUUUCGAAGAGGUAGUGCGUGUAGGCACUUGUUAACACAUCCGAAUCUUUUACAUUUUUGAAUUCUUACUGUCCGGAAGUGUGGAUGAAUGUUCCAUGUAAGGCAUUUACUAUACUUUUGUGAUAGUUCACGCGUAAAUAGAAUUUUCCUCUUCACUCAACAUUGAAUAGUUUACACGAUUUAAUCAUUGCCACACCAUUCUUCUCUUUGAGUAUUAUGAACAUCAUAGCUGAUAUAACGUGGUGAAAAGACAAAAUUACGUUGUUUACUCAUUGUGAUUCUUGUUCACCAUUCCGUUUUUAAUUCAGUAUGAAUUAACGCGGUCCGACAAACCAUAGGCCAGUAAGACUUAACUAACAUAGGGCAAACGAUAUUGUUUCAAGACUGAAGAUUACAGUCAUUUAGGUGUCAAAACAUGGUUUACAGCACAACUACCAAAACUAGACUUAGUCUGAAACCUUCCUCUAUUACUCACUAACGGUCUACUUCAUCCCAGGAUUUGAUGCACAUGUCCGUUAUGACGUAGUCUGACAUGGUGAAUAAGAAUUAUAGUCACAGUCAAAUUCACAGAAUACUCUAAUUUCUUUUAAAUAAAAAUUUCAUCAUAGCAUGACAGUUUUAAUGACUACAUGAACGUAAGCUCGACCGUUAUUCCGACCUAAGAUACAUAUAGUCGGCGUGACAACGUGGAGUAUAUUUCCACUUGAAUAUUAUUUAGUGUAAUAUUUGUUUUAUUUUCCAGUGUGAUGUUUUACUCAGUAUAAAAUUAAUUUAUUUUAGCGUGGUGUCUAUUCAAGAUAUGAUAUUCCUAUAUUAAUUUGACAUGAACUAUGCUAAGCACGAUAUGCAGCAUGUGAUUUGUUAUAAUUCUGGGUAUUUUUCAUGUGACUUUCCCCUAAUUAAUAAUCAAAUAGAUGUACCAAUCAAUAUACAAAUGAGUGUAUUUUCGAAUAGAGUCGUGUUUUGGGAUGAAUAAAUCUUCACUUGUAUAACUCUUCCGUGUUUUUACUUCAUGUCGUAGGAACUGCAGUGGUUCCUUGUUUCAAUAAUAAGUAAGAAGCAACCCAUAUAUAAUAAUAUCAUGUGAUAAAAAUUUAUAAUCAUGUAAAUUUGAUAAAUAUACAAGUUCAAAAGUGUACGUUAUUGUAUUCCAUGACCUUAAAAAUAUUUUUUGACACACGGCAGAGGUAGUUCAACUAUUUUGUAAUUCAAAUUAGAAAGUCAUCAUCUUGUAUGUUUACAAAUCAUCUAUACUAAUUGCAUCUUAAAUUUAACUUUUAAAAGUAUACUAGUCAUUGUUUAAUAGAUAAAAAAUAACUCAGUGUCAGAUCUAUUAUUUUGAACAUAAUUAUUUAAACAGUAUCACGCCGAAACCAUUCAAUUACAGUAGAAAUUUAAUUCAAUACAAGCAAACUGUUUAUUAAUCCCAAAUCAUUUUCAUCAACAUUACAUAAAUAUUUCAUUUGAACCACUUUACUUGAGCGGGAGGGUAUACCUUCAACUAAAUGCGUAUACGUUUCGAUGGACUUAUAUAGAAUUUGGCAGCUGAAAUUUUACCAAACGAUCUACAUCAGUCAACACCAGCUCAAGCAUAGAUCUUUCAACAAGUCAAACAACAGGGUAGAUUUUUUUAUUCAGGACCUGAAGCUCUUCACUCUUGACGGUGACUAGUUAUUGUGUCGAUUUUAUGAUUUAGUUUAUCUUUAAAUAAAUCCGCAAGUGUAUUCCCGACGUACAAAUACAGAGUUCAGUAUGUUGAUUAAUUAUCAAAAUGGUAUUCGAUGUUUCGACCAUCAAUUGGUUUUUACAACUUCAUUUGAUUCUUUCAUGAAAAUAAUAACACAAGUAUGCUGACGGUUUUUAAUCAUAAGUAUCUUCGAAGCAUAUUCAUCCACGAAUGAAACGUACUAACUGGAUAAAAAUAAAUUGUAGUAGUUGAGUCGAUCUAAGCUACACCGCCAUUGAAAACCUGUAAGCACUGGACGACCGUUUCAUCCUAGGAUGAAACUCCUCAGCAGUAGGCACCCACAAUCAUGCACUCGAACUCAGGAUCUCCGGACUCGCGCACGAACGCUUAUCCUAUAGACCACUUAGCCGGCAUCCAACAGACAAAACGACCGUUCAGUGAUUCCACGUUUUCAAUGGUGGUCUAGUUUACACUGACUCAUGAAUUCAGCUAUUAAAGUUACUACGAUCCCACAAUAACUACAACCCCCAUUCUGAUAAAAAAUAAAUUUAACUUAAUUAUCCCUAGUUACGAGUUAAGCCGAUUAUGAAAGAUUAUUUGAUUCCAGACUAAACCACAUCAUAAUAUAGUAUACAAAAAGUUCAAUAAUUGAGAAGAGUACCCUAGAUAUUUUGAUGUAAGAUAUAAGUUGCUCAUUGCCUAUUCAUAUAAGGUAGCUGAAAUCUUGAUAAACUUAUAUUAUGCCAGUCCAUAUCUUUCUAUAAUUCUAUGGAAAUGAUAUACCUAGUGUUAGUCUUAGAUAUUAUGAACGAAUGAUUCCAGAAAUUUAUGUAUGUAUUAUAGUAUUUUUCCAAACUGAGCCACCGAAGGUAAGGAUAAGACGAAACAGUACGGUUAAGAAUAUCAAAAGAAGAGUAAUUUUCACUGGAUUUAUUUACACUUUUUACUAAUUAAUUCCAACAAAAUUUAGCUUCAACUAUUGGUGUUCAUUUAUACUUUUUAACUAAUAGACUUAACCGUGAAUAAAUACUACUUUCACAGCAGAUGUUACUCUAUUCAAUAUCUAUCUCUUCAAUAACAAUGCGGAAUGACAUCGUUUUCACUAAACAACUUCAUUUACUUUGGUAAUUCAUUUUCAAUGAAAAUCAUGAGUUCUAUAAAUUUGACUGGUUCUUAUCUUUAAUCGAUAAUACAAACUGACAACAGAAUAACUAAUUUUCAUAUUUCUGUUCUCUAAUAAUUCAACAACGUACUAUUUUCGUGAAAACUAAAUAUACUUGACAGUCACUUGUCAGAAAAAAAUCACUAUGCUAGAAUGAAUUCCGAAAAUUAGUUGAUUUGUAGAUAAUGGAUACAAAUCUAUGCUGGUUCAUUUUCUUUUCAUAUUUAAAGUUAUCCAGUGAUGUUUUGUAAAUCAAUAAAGAAUCAAAUUUAUCUGAAAUCUUUCCAAACAUUGACUAUGUAAAUUUAGGAAAAGAGAUGUUAUGAAACAGAUGAAAACCAUUAACAAAAUCAGAAGUUCAGUGGUGUUAUUUACAAGUUGAAGUAAAAUAUUGAAGAGAUCGAUCCCAAACAGUACGAAUAAGUAUAAUUGUUUAACUGAAUAUUUAUAUAUAACUGCUAGUAAAAGUAAAAUUGACAAAUCAGUACCAGAGCAUGAGACAUACGUUAGAUAGACUCUGGUCAGAGUCACGGUACUGAAUGAGACUAACGGUUGGUUGGUUGUAACACUAUUCAGGAAAUAAGCACUGAAUACUGUUUGGGAUCGAUCUCUUCAAUAUUUUACUUCAACUUGUAAAUAACAUCACUGAACUUCUGAUUUUGUUAAUGGUUUUCAUCUGUUUCAUAACAUCUCUUUUCCUAAAUUUACAUAGUCAAUGUUUGGAAAGAUUUCAGAUAAAUUUGAUUCUUUAUUGAUUUACAAAACAUCACUGGAUAACUUUAAAUAUGAAAAGAAAAUGAACCAGCAUAGAUUUGUAUCCAUUAUCUACAAAUCAACUAAUUUUCGGAAUUCAUUCUAGCAUAGUGAUUUUUUUCUGACAAGUGACUGUCAAGUAUAUUUAGUUUUCACGAAAAUAGUACGUUGUUGAAUUAUUAGAGAACAGAAAUAUGAAAAUUAGUUAUUCUGUUGUCAGUUUGUAUUAUCGAUUAAAGAUAAGAACCAGUCAAAUUUAUAGAACUCAUGAUUUUCAUUGAAAAUGAAUUACCAAAGUAAAUGAAGUUGUUUAGUGAAAACGAUGUCAUUCCGCAUUGUUAUUGAAGAGAUAGAUAUUGAAUAGAGUAACAUCUGCUGUGAAAGUAGUAUUUAUUCACGGUUAAGUCUAUUAGUUAAAAAGUAUAAAUGAACACCAAUAGUUGAAGCUAAAUUUUGUUGGAAUUAAUUAGUAAAAAGUGUAAAUAAAUCCAGUGAAAAUUACUCUUCUUUUGAUAUUCUUAACCGUACUGUUUCGUCUUAUCCUUACCUUCGGUGGCUCAGUUUGGAAAAAUACUAUAAUACAUACAUAAAUUUCUGGAAUCAUUCGUUCAUAAUAUCUAAGACUAACAUCAUGUGUAUCAUUUCCGUGUAGUAAUAUGUCAAUAUUUUUCAAAUUUACUACAAACAGACCUCCUCCGCUUUUGGAUAUGUCAGUAUUCUGGUAUUUGUUUGUCAUUGAUAUAUUUCAUCAUUACCGUUAGUUUACUGAGUACAUGGAUUGCUGUGAAGCUAAAGAAUCACGACUUUUGAACUUUUAGCUAUUGAAUAAACAUUGACUUGUCUGUUGAGAUACUUACAUGCCUUGGAUUACGGUCUCAUAUGUUAAUUGGUAAACACUGCUAUGUAGCCAUUUAAUAUGCUGAAGACCUGUUUACUUUCCUUUGAUUUCAGUGAUUCUUUAUCUGACAGGUAUCCCUUUCAUGUUACCACCAACUGUGUAUACAAAUUUACAUGUACCUGCCAAAGCAGUUACAUUGGUAGAACAGAAAGGAGAGCCUACGUCCGAUUCAAAGAAUAUAUUCCGGAAAGUUUAAGAUUAAAUGGAUUGAACGCAUUCAACAGUGCUAUCACAAGACAUCUCCUUGAUACAGGACAUGAAGUUGAUAUACUGAAGUCCUUCAAGGUGAUUAACAAACAAUCAAACCCCAACCUUUUGAAAUUCGCUGAAGCGUUAGCAAUCAAACGUUUAAAACCAGAUCUAUGUAUACAAAAAGAGACAGUAAUAAAUCUUUCUUUACCCUGGUAACAAUAACCUCCACCCUUUCUAUUCAUUUGCUCCUAUCUAUUUAUUUAUUGCGUCAUUAUUGCAACUCUUUCUGAAGUUUAAAUUACAUCAUACAUAAAUGAUUGAUUUCAAUUCAUAUUUUCUUUAUAACCAUUAAUCUAUUUUCAUGAGUUCUAAUCACUAUUUCAAUGUUCCAGAACUUUUCCUCUCCAACUUUAUUUAUUUAUUCGAAUCAAACAUUUUAUGAGCUCAUUAACUCUAUCUGAAUCUUUGCUACAUCAUCAUACACAUGUAUUGAUCCUUCAUCACCCUCUUAUGUAUAAGUUGUAAUCAGCUGAUGAGAACCUAACGAAAUAAAAUGAAUUCAUAUUAUUCUGCAUCAAUCUUUGUUCUUGCUCUAUUUAAGAUGUUAAUCUAUUAGCAAAUUUACUUCAAAUACAAAAAUAAAUAGCUUUCAGCUUAGUUCAUUGAUCACCAAAACAACACCAUACUUCAUUUCAUGAUCUAUAUAAUUUAAUUAGCAUAAGAAGUCACAGCAUGCUCAAGUAAUUAAUUAUUUAUUUAUUUGAACACAUAAAUACUGGUACAAGGGGGCACCAGAUAUAUAUGCGCCACACAAAACAAUGAGAAAAAGAAUGUAAGUUGUGUAUAAGAAAAAAAAGAACAAUAACGACUACAGGUUAGUGUAUGUUAAUGUAAUUUUAAUAAUAAUAGUUGCGGAAACGGAAAGGUACAAUCAGAAGAAAUCUUUGAAUUGAGUAAGUUACAAUCACUUAAUAUGAAGAAAGUAAAAGAAGGUUACAGCAGGAUCACCACUGGCUUCUAUUUUGAGCCAUAUCUGAUAACGUCUCUAGCCACUGUGUUGCACCAUCUCUCGGACCCCAGCCAGAGAGUCGAGAAGGAUCAACAGAAGCCAGCCCUUUGCAGUUUUCUUUCAUACCACGACACGAUGUCAUACACUGACCACCUCUCCGCCUUUUCCAACCAAUCCCAGCGUCGGCAAAUAAUGCACGACGUGGUAUUCUCUGGGACAACAUUCGUAGAACAACAAUACAAAUAGAAUAAAAUGACAAUAUUUACUCAAGUAAUUAAUUGUCAAACUUAUUAAUAACAAUCUAUUUAACAAUAAAAUUACUUUGAUGUAAUAAUUUCUGACAAUAUU